AUGUCACGCAAAGGCGUAGGACUUGCAGCCUUCGACCGCUACCGUCUCACCUCGGCCCAGUUCGCCUCCCAUGGCUCUUCUUUACGAACAACCAAUGCGCAGGCCCUAGAAACCCAGCUGUCUGUCUUCCGGUCCUUACUUCAGCAAUUCGCCCAAACCCACGCCAAGGACAUCCGGUCAAACCCGUCCUUCCGCGCCCAGUUCGCCCGCAUGUGCGCCGCCAUUGGGGUUGACCCCCUGGCCUCGAGCAACUCCGCCGGCGCGGGGAGUAGUUUAUGGACACAACUGCUGGGCCGCACCGUCAACGAUUUCUACUUUGAGCUAGCCGUGCGAGUGGUGGAGGUGUGCAGCGCCACGCGGGCCGAGAAUAGCGGUCUCAUCGGUAUCAAGGAGCUGAGGGAGAAGGUGAUGCGGGGCCGUAUGGAGGGCGCGCCCGAGAUCACCGAGGACGACGUGCUGCGUGCGGUCGGCACGCUGAAGCCUCUGGGCUCGAGCUACUCUGUCAUCAAAGUCGGCAACAAACCGUACAUCCGCUCCGUUCCCAAGGAACUCAACACGGAUCAGAGUGCCGUCCUGGAAGCUUCGCAGGUUCUGGGAUAUGUCAGCGUAUCCAUGCUGAUGAUCAAUCUUCAAUGGAUUAGGGCAAGAGCUCAGACUGUGCUGGAGGACCUCUUGGGAGAAGGGAUGCUGUGGGUCGAUAAACAAUGUGACGAAUGGGAAUACUGGAGUCCUGGGUUUAUGCUGGCCACAGAUGGCAGUGGUUGA